CACCAUGAGGGUUAACUUGGGCGCGCUCUCCCUCUUCGUGGCCCUGGUGGGACUUUCGAGCUUCAUCUUCCUCGUGGUGGCCAUCGCCACCGACUUCUGGUACAUCAUCGAUGCCUCCAAGCUGGAGGCGUCCCAGAACGGCACGGACGCGCUCAGCUCGCACUCGGGGCUCUGGCGGACCUGCCGCGUGAGGAGUGAAUGUUACCCUUUGAUAAAUCCCUUCUGGCACGAGAAUGCGAACAUCACCGAGUCACACAGACAGCUUUUGUACAUGCACGGAACAUUUGUCAUCCUGAUGCCCCUCAGCCUGAUACUGAUGAUUUUUGGAGGAAUGACUGGAUUCAUCAGUAUUCUUGCCAGGGCCUACCUGCUGCUCCUAAUGACUGGACUGCUUUUCCUUUUUGGAGGGAAUUUGCACAGAAUGCAGUGCACCUUGUUGAAAAUGUCAACAAAUCAGUCUUUUCCAUUUCUGCUGACAAAAGCUCUCGUUACCCUGACAGGGAUCAGUGUCUAUAUUGCAUACUCAGCUGCUGCCUUCCAAGAAGCUGUUUGCCUGCUGAGGAGCAAGGAUCUCCUGGUGGAAAUCGACAUCAGGUUUGGCUGGUCCCUGGCUCUGGUCUGGAUCUCCUUUGUGGCAGAAGUGCUCACUGGGGCCGUGUUCCUGCUGGCAGCAAGAGUGGUGGGUCUGAAACGGCAGCGGGAGCAGGCUCUGUGAGCAACAGGUGCCUUUGCCACAGAGCCCUGCAGAGCCUGAAAAUUCAGAUUAUUUGGUCCAUCUGGUCACCAGGGGCAAUAACAGUGCAAGGCUAAGUGUCUUGUCGGCUGCUGUAAGCCUUUUUCCUCACAGGUGGCUGUAAAACACAAAGACUCUGGUAAAUCAGUAAAACAUUCCAGGUGUUGUCAAUUAGGAAACCCUUGUGUCCUUAGAAGAGAGUGCAUUGCAGUGUUUGUAUUUCCAGAAUAAUUUCAGCUGGCAGCUCAUCAGACAUCUCCAUUUGUUGCUUAGAACAAGGCAGAUCUCUUGCUUUCCUUUCUCUUUUCUGCUGUCUCAGCAGAGUGACCUUGCAGGCCAGAUUUUGGUUUCUCCUGAGAGCUCUUAGGACAGGGACCUGUUGGAGUGAGACCAUGGAGAUUCUCAGAGGACUCAGCCCCUCUGCUCUGGAGAUGGACUGAGAGAGCUGGGGCUGCUCAGCGUGGAGAAGAAGAAAAGGCUUUGGGGAGACCUUAAAGCCCUUCCCAACACCUAAAGAGGCUCAAGGAGAGCUGGAAAGGGACUUUGGGCAGGGUCCUGGUGGUUGGAACUGAUAUUUCACAUCCUUUCCAGCCCAAACCAUUCCAGAAUCCUGCACUCCAGCAGAUAGUAGUGGCUGUGAUGCUGAAGCUCUCCAGAGCAGUGCAGUGGUGAGCGCACUGCAAGAGGAAGAUACAGCUGUUUUCCAGAUGUUCUAAUGAACUGCUGGGGACAGCCCCAAUCUCUCAAUGAUCAGCCUACAUACUUCUCUCCUUCAGCUUUUUCAGCUCUGCAAUGCAGGAGAUGUAUCUGAUGUAUUUUCCAGUUUUUACUUUGCAGUUUUGAUGAUGCUUCUUUUUCGUGAAGCUUGUACACGUGCUUUAUGCUAGAAUGCUUAUCUUGUGCUGAAACUGCUGAGUAAACUGUACAUGCAGGACACAUGAAUUCCAUUUUGGGUGCCAAGCAAUCCAGUUUUUCCUCUUCAGGGCCCACUGAAGUUACUGAAGGAAUUUCCCCCUGACUGCUGUGCUGAACAGGGGCUUGAAUGUGAUAACAGCUCCACUACCUUUCUGUUGGACCAUGCAUUUCUGGAGGCCCUCAGCACUCUGCAGCUCAGGACUGUGACUCAGGAGCUGUCAGGCACCCUCUGUCACUGGGCAAGUCCCUUGUACAUUCUCCAGCAGCACAAAGGGCAUCAUUCACCUACCUCUGUUAAACACCAGAACAAUUUUAUCAGUGUGUCCUGUGUUUAAGAUUGCACAUUCAGUCUGACCAAGCUCAGCUCUAAUCUUAGUCCCAAAGUACGAUUUCUUUUAUGAAAAAAAUAGUGGCAGGGAGCUUCUGAGAGCUGACAGACUUUGGAGAUAGAAGAAAGCAUUUUAAUGCCAUGUUGUGAAUGGAAAACUGAGCCAGGAAACUUGUCCAAGGUCACGUGAAACCAGAGUUUCUGAAUCUUGGGCUAAGACCUUACUUGUCAGAUCUUGCUUGUUAUCGGAAUUAAAUAAGGCUCAAAUUCCUCAAUAGACUGAGCAGUAGAAAUUCUGUGACUAACUAGUACAAUUUUGUAAUCUUAGCUGCUCCCACAUUGGUUUCAGGUAUUUUCCAUGUUGCCUUAUGUUGGGACCAUGUAAAUGAGUCAUUUUACAAGUUAAAGCAUACCAAAUCAGCUCUGUAAGAAGUGUAAGAAAAAAAAAAUCCUUUGUAGUAAAAAUUCCAUGUGUAUAAGUGAAAUAUGUAAAAUGUAAUUCUCUGUUUUGGUGCUGGUGAAAUUAUUUAUAAUGCAAUUUGUAUGAUGUUACUCAGACAUUACUGCAAGCUGUAACAGUAAAAUAUCAUCUGAGUUAUUUUUUGAAUAUUUAUUACAGAUGUUAUUUUAAAGUGGUUUUGAGUGUUGUAAAAUUAAAUAAAAUGACAUCUCAGAGUGGGAAUUAUUUGCUGAGACAUGAAAGAACUAA